AUGUACUCUCUCACCCAGAUGCACUCUCUCACCCAGAUGUACUCUCUCACCCAGAUGGACUCUCUCACCCAGCUGUGCUCUCUCACCCAGCUGUGCUCUCUCACCCAGCUGUGCUCUCUCACCCAGAUGCACUCUCUCACCCAGAUGGACUCUCUCACCCAGCUGUGCUCUCUCACCCAGCUGUGCUCUCUCACCCAGAUGUACUCUCUCACCCAGCUGUGCUCUCUCACCCAGCUGUGCUCUCUCACCCAGAUGUACUCUCUCUCCCAGCUGUGCUCUCUCACCCAGCUGUGCUCUCUCACCCAGAUGCACUCUCUCACCCAGCUGUACUCUCUCACCCAGAUGCACUCUCUCACCCAGAUGGACUCUCUCACCCAGAUGUACUCUCUCACCCAGAUGUACUCUCUCACCCAGCUGUACUCUCUCACCCAGCUGUGCUCUCUCACCCAGAUGCACUCUCUCACCCAGCUGUACUCUCUCACCCAGAUGCACUCUCUCACCCAGAUGGACUCUCUCACCCAGAUGUACUCUCUCACCCAGAUGUACUCUCUCACCCAGCUGUACUCUCUCACCCAGAUGGACUCUCUCACCCAGAUGGACUCUCUCACCCAGAUGUACUCUCUCACCCAGCUGUACUCUCUCACCCAGAUGAACUCUCUCACCCAGAUGUACUCUCUCACCCAGAUGUACUCUCUCACCCAGCUGUACUCGCUCACCCAGAUGUACUCGCUCACCCAGAUGUACUCUCUCACCCAGAUGGACUCUCUCACCCAGAUGUACUCUCUCUCCAUGGAUGCACUCUCUCACCCAGAUAUUGUUUUCUUUCUUUCCGCGUGUUUUGCUGAAGUCCAUGAAGAAACUAAACUCGCGCUAAAAGUCUGGACUGAAAUUGAAGGUUCUGGUGAGUGCUUCUGCCAUUUACUACACUGCCGUGUGCUGGGCCCCGGGCAGCACAGAGCGGGACAGAAACAGACUGAACAAGCUGGUCAGGAGGAGGUGGGGGACAGGAGGCCCCUGGACUCUGUGGAGGAGGUGAGGGACAGGAGGCCCCUGGACUCUGUGGAGGAGGUGAGGGACAGGAGGCCCCUGGACUCUGUGGAGGAGGUGAGGGACAGGAGGCCCCUGGACUCUGUGGAGGAGGUGAGGGACAGGAGGCCCCUGGACUCUGUGGAGGAGGUGAGGGACAGGAGGCCCCUGGACUCUGUGGAGGAGGUGAGGGACAGGAGGCCCCUGGACUCUGUAGAGGAGGUGAGGGACAGGAGGCCCCUGGACUCUGUGGAGGAGGUGAGGGACAGGAGGCCCCUGGACUCUGUGGAGGAGGUGAGGGACAGGAGGCCCCUGGACUCUGUGGAGGAGGUGAGGGACAGGAGGCCCCUGGACUCUGUGGAGGAGGUGAGGGACAGUAGGCCCCUGGACUCUGUGGAGGAGGUGAGGGACAGGAGGCUCCUGGACUCUGUGGAGGAGGUGAGGGACAGGAGGCCCCUGGACUCUGUAGAGGAGGUGAGGGACAGGAGGCCCCUGGACUCUGUGGAGGAGGUGAGGGACAGGAGGCCCCUGGACUCUGUGGAGGAGGUGAGGGACAGGAGGCCCCUGGACUCUGUGGAGGAGGUGAGGGACAGGAGGCCCCUGGACUCUGUGGAGGAGGUGAGGGACAGGAGGCCCCUGGACUCUGUGGAGGAGGUGAGGGACAGGAGGCCCCUGGACUCUGUGGAGGAGGUGAGGGACAGGAGGCCCCUGGACUCUGUGGAGGAGGUGAGGGACAGGAGGCCCCUGGACUCUGUGGAGGAGGUGAGGGACAGGAGGCCCCUGGACUCUGUGGAGGAGGUGAGGGACAGGAGGCCCCUGGACUCUGUGGAGGAGGUGAGGGACAGGAGGCCCCUGGACUCUGUAGAGGAGGUGAGGGACAGGAGGCCCCUGGACUCUGUGGAGGAGGUGAGGGACAGGAGGCCCCUGGACUCUGUGGAGGAGGUGAGGGACAGGAGGCCCCUGGACUCUGUGGAGGAGGUGAGGGACAGGAGGCCCCUGGACUCUGUGGAGGAGGUGAGGGACAGGAGGCCCCUGGACUCUGUGGAGGAGGUGAGGGACAGGAGGCCCCUGGACUCUGUGGAGGAGGUGAGGGACAGGAGGCCCCUGGACUUGGCUGACUCUGUGGAGGAGGUGAGGGACAGGAGGCCCCUGGACUCUGUGGAGGAGAUCAUUCUAGUGGCCACACCGUCCCUCAUGUAUCUGGGAUAUGCGGUUAACAAAAUUGCCCGUUCCGAAGAGAAGGCGGGUGGUUCCCCUCGGAAGAAAGUGAAGAAGCCGUAUCUGUCCGGCAGACAGCAGCACCGCGCUCUGGAGGAGGCCGAGGGGGACCAGGAGGAGGACCCCAUGAUCUAUGACAUGGCUGAAGUUGAUCCAAACCCUGUGUCCAAAGCGAACCCCGAAGCUCAGGAGAAGUCCAAAGCACGCCAUGAUGGUCGCCAGCGCAUCAGGCAGGACGGCCUCAUGCGCGUCUAUGUGCUGCAGCUGCUGGUGCGCUCCGUCCUCGAGGUCUCCUUUCUCUGUGGACAGUAUGUUCUUUAUGGGUUUGCCGUCCCGCCCGCCUUCGAGUGCACUGACCGCCCCUGUCCUCACCGCGUGAACUGCUACGUGUCGCGUCCCACGGAGAAAACCAUCUUCCUCCUCAUCAUGUACACUGUGUCUGUGCUUUGUUUAGGCCUCAACAUUUGGGAGCUGCUGCACUUGGGCGUUGGCACGGUGUGUGAAAUCAUGCGCUCACGGCAAAAGCAGUCGGACGAAGACGAGCUGUGCCGAUUGACCAAAGGACUGGGGCCUUUUCACCAAACGGACCUGAACAGAGAGGAUUACAGCGCUUACCCUUACUCCUGGAACGCCCCGUCCGCUCCUCCGGGCUACAACAUCGCCAUCAAGCCCCUGAUGGUGUCCACGAGCCCCCGCGACCAGCUGCCCAUCACCGACCUCAACAACUCCAAGAUGGCGUGCCGUCAGAACCACGUCAACAUCGCGCAGGAGGAGCGGCAGCACAUCUGCAACAACCAUGAGAACCUGUGCAGAGGAGACAGCUCCAGGGGCCUGCGCAAGAACAAGCUGGAGGCCGAAAAACAGAGCUUUAACAAACAGCAGAGCCACAAUAACAACCAGAGCAAACCGCAAAGAGAGAGGAGGCAGCGGCCGAAGGAGGACGCCGACCGGGGAAGCAGCAGCACCAGCAGCAGCAAGUACGGAGAGAUCAAGGGCUCCGAGUGGAUCUGA